AUGGGUCCAUCCCCAUCCACCUCGGUUUCAUCUUCUUCUAUUCGCUCGGGCUCCGUCGCGCAAGUGAUCGAAGCAAAAAAGCAAAAGCGGACCAAACUGAAAUUCAAGCACAAACACAACAAAACGGAGAUGUUGCCCGAAACGAUUGGAAGUAGUGAAGAAGAGAUUUUGGAAGAGGAAGAAACUCUAUACCAAAUUCCCGACAUUGAAGAUGAAGAACUGAUGCACUCGAAGUCGGUCUUCACCCCUAAAAUAAGAAAGACGUUGUUCUCAACACCAAAACUUUUUUCGAACACACCAACUCCAAAUAUCGACGACCGAUCACCGCGUUUUAAAGGGACAAAAACACCAAAACCAAGAAGUUCGAAAAUUUCUACGCCGUCACUGAAUUUUGCAUCGCCAAGACUUCGACCAGCAGACUUUUGCGCGACUCCAACGGCUCCAGUACUCCACCAAGAAAAAAUCGCGUUUAUUCAGAAAGAAACAAACAAAAAGAAAUUCACCACUAUAUAUAACAGCGAAAUAGAUGGGUUUGAUGCACGAGAGCUGAGCUCUCGUGUGUGUUGUCAAACCAAUACAUUGUUUGUAGUGAUAACGGAUAAUGAGCAGUUUGGGUUUUAUAACGAAGACUUGAUACCAAUUGUGAAGAAUGAAACCCUCCAAGUCGAGUCGAAGGAUAUGUUUCUGUUUGUGCUGUCUGGGAGAAUUGUCCAACCAACUUCUUUUCGACGAAAUGAAGGCACAAGAAGUUUGACACUCUACGCCCCUUCGGAAAAAAAUUUCGUGGUGACUUGUUUCUGUGCUUUUUGGGUGACUUCUGAUGGUAAGAUAUACGUCCACCAUUUAAUUAAGGAAAUGUAUCCAGGACUGAAAAAUAUGACAAGUCCACUCAUCGAGAGAAACGUCUCUGAAAAAUUCUCGUGCAAAAGACUCGUUGCAAUUAAAUGUGAAUAA